AUGAAUAUUAAAUAUGUGGAACGCAAAUUGAACCAUGAAAUGCGCAAGGAACGAAGGAACAAUACGAUAUGUUCCAAGUGAAUCGAGUGCUAUCACCGAAAAUUUUAGAAUCGAAGUUUCCAGGUUGCUCUCUAAAGGGAUUUCGACAUUUUAUUUUUUUUUAUUAAAGAAGCAUUGGAAGGGAAGUGAUAAAGAAUUAGGAAAAAGUUAAAAAUCAUUAAAGCUAUAUAACUCAACUGUUUUUAAUUGAGGAGCAAAAAUGGUAAUCAAUCUUUGUUUUGACCAUAUCUAAACUAAAUCAUGUCAAACUUUUGAUAUGUUUUUUCAAAUUUUAUAAUUUACAACUUAAAUUUUUUCACGUUAAUAGUUAUAAACAUAUGUUUUUAUAAUUUUGAAAUUAUUAAACAGUUUGUAUGGGAUUUUCACUUUAUAAUAUCUUAAUGUUGAAAGAUAUACAAUAGAUAGGUAUGUAUAUCUAUUUUAUUCAUGUUCCAACGAAAAUAUAAAUAUUCUUUUGAAAUAUUAUGAUACCAUUAUUAUUAUAAACAGCUUUUGAAACAAGACAGUACAUCUAUUUAAGUUUCUUUUAUUAUUAGUAUAUCUGCAAAAUAUAAUUAACAGUAGUUAUUGUACAGAUGAUUAUUUAAUAUAAUAAUAUACAUUAAAACAACUAAAUGCAAUAUAUUUGUUAUUGUCUGUUAUAGUCUCACACAAUACUGCUUGUUCAACCAGGCGAUAGACCUGAAACAAGAACAUAUUCUGAUUACGAAAGUGUUAAUGAAUGUAUGGAAGGUAAGAUAUAAAUAUAAAUAUUUCUAAUUUAUAUUUUGGCAAAUUAAAGUUUAACAACUUUUUCAUUAAAACAUUGAAUUAAAUUAGAUUGAAACAAAAGAAAAUAAAAGUUUGAUUUUUUAAUAUAGGUGUAUGCAAGAUUUAUGAAGAACACCUAAAGAGACGAAAUCCAAAUACACCAACUAUAACAUAUGAUAUCAGUCAAUUGUUUGAUUUUGUUGAUCAACUUACAGAUUUAUCAUGUCUUGUUUAUCAAAAAUCCACAAAUACAUACGCCCCAUAUAAUAAAGAUUGGAUUAAAGAAAAGAUAUAUGUUUUACUACGUCGAGCUGCAGGACAUAGCAAAUAAUAAAUAAAAACACAUCCAUGCUUUUGUGUAUAAGACAAAUUAACUUUUAAGUACAGAUCUAUAUUACUGUUUGUAAUAAUAAAUAUAUAACCUAUAAAAAAGCUGUAUCGUUAUAUUCACAUGUUAUAAAACAAUAUUCUCAAUGUUAUUAUUAAGUAUAAUGUAGUUUCUUAUUUUAUGUAUUUAUAAUAAAAUAGUAAUGUGAUUUUUUUAAAGUUGCACUAUUUUUAGAUAAAUGCGAAUAUUCAAUAAAAUAUAUAUUUUUCUUAAUAUUAAGGAAAUUUUAAUAUUUUAUUUUUG